AUGGCGUUAGCCUUCGUUCUGUGGUAUAGCGUGGUAUAUUUCGCAAGUAUCGUAUCGUCUACUCAAGCUAUUGAAUGCCAAGGCACAGCGAGAUAUACGUUAACCUUCCAAGCGGAAUGGACACGCCAAUCUCAUCAAAAUUUUCCAAGCGACCCACAUUUCUCAUCCCUCGUAGGCUGUAGUCAUAAGGCCUCCUAUGUGAUGUGGACACCGGGAAUAAAAGCGACCACAGGAGUUAAAGAUGUGGCAGAAUUAGGUAUGUCUAAGUCAUUAACAGCCUUUUGAAGUCUAAUUUAAAUCAUUAAUACAUCAUUAUAAGCUGACGUCUAUUGUCGUAUUGGUACGUCUUUCAUGCUUUGUAUAAAUGAAUUAGCCGACGGGAAUCCCGUUUAGACGAGAAACUCGUCUUAAAUUAACAUUCAGAGAGAUGAGACGGAUAAAGCGUCGCCAAGCACUCCUCACAGCCUCUCAUUGCCUCAUGGGAAAGUCAUACUUCCUUCCCAAUGGCCUCGUUUCCAUGUCAACUUAUUUUAGCAUGUCAGGGGCAGAUAAAGAUUAUUUUCCUAUGUUUUCCUGGACGAAUUUGUUUCUUGCUGUUCUUAGGCUCAAUAACAAAGUAAUUUUCAACCCUACUAAGCACAAAACAGGACUAAGAAUUUGACAUGAAAACGAGACCAUUGGGUAAAAGUGAAUAAUCGGUAAGGUCUAUUGCGUCAUACACGCCAUUACCUAGGCCAUAAUUUGUCAGCAAUUUGUUAUCAUGAAUCUACCUCGUCCCCAGGUGCUAUAUAAAAUGUUUGUAUGAAGCAGGGCGCUUAUACUGUAGUACGACCUGCACAGGCUCACUAGCUGACUGACAAACAGACUUUAUGACCUAAUGAAUGAAUGAAUGACCGACAGACUGAUUAGUUGACUGAACCUUUCUCAUCCGCAGAGGCUUUCUGCUUGUGGCUAACAGAGGCUUUCUGCUUGUGGCUAACAGAGGCUUUCUGCUUGUGGAUAACAGAGGCUUUCUGUUUGUGGCUAACAGAGGCUUUCUGCUUGUGGCUAACAGAGGCUUUCUGCUUGUGGCUAACAGAGGCUUUCUGCUUGUGGCUAACAGAGGCUUUCUGUUUGUGGCUAACAGAGGCUUUCUGUGCUUCAUGAAACGGCGUUAGAGGGUAAUGAGGCAGCGGCGAAAAAGAGACGAGAGACGCCACAUACGCGGAGGGACGAGAGACGCCACAUACCCAGCUGAAUGUAACUAUGGUGCUCACGGUGACCGUGGGAAACAGUCUUAAACAUAGAGGCUGGGAGCCAUUUCUGACUCGGUUAUUGCCAACGGUUAAGGCAGGUAAUUCACCAGUUAAAAGUUUCUUUCCUGGCUAAAUCAAUACAUCAUAUUUUAUGCUACAGGUUCUUCAAGUGCACUGCUCCGAGAAAUGGACAUUCAGAUAAAUUUGAAAAAAGCCCAUAAGAGAUACCGAGGCAACGGGUUCUUUGGUGGCACAGGAAGCCGUUCCAUCACUGACAUCGAAGUCAACUCGGAAUAUCCCCUCGUGUCCUUCAUUACCAUGAUCGCACCCUCACCUGAUUGGUUCGUUGGU